AUGGCUAGUGUAGACGCUGUCUUCGGUCAGGCGCCCUCGGACAUGGACUUGUCGGAGAGCCAAGCUCACACAAUUACAGGGGCCAUUAGUGCAAUGCUGGCUCUCUCGAUUAUCUGUGUUUCCUUGCGCAUCUAUUCAAGACUUGCGGUCAAAAAGGUUGGAUUGGGAAUUGAUGAUUGGACGAUAAUUGCUGCUCAGAUUCUUGUCGUGGGAUUAUUUGCAGCGACUAUUUUAGCCGAAGAUUCUGGGGCUGGGAAGCACAUAUGGGCUGGAACAAUGGAUGAUGUGGUGCAAUUACAGAGGAAUCUGUGGGCUUACGCCUUCGUCUAUAUUGCCUGUCUUGUUCUUGUGAAGUCCUCGAUCAUAUCCUUCUACCGCCGCAUUUUCAGCAUGAACUGGGCCACGUGGGCAUGUCUCUUCAUCGUUAUCGGAUGGGGGAUCGGAAGUCUCAUCACGCUACUGGUCGCCUGUCGGCCAAUUUCAUACUUCUGGAAUCGGUAUACCGACCCAGAUGGAGGGAAAUGUCUCUUCGAUCUUUAUUCUUUCUAUAUUGGGAAUGCGGCGACAAACGUGGCGGCCGACGGCCUCAUCUUCAUGAUUCCAAUGCCGAUUAUCUGGAAGUUGCAAAUGCAGAAUUUCCAAAAGCUUCUAGUCUGUGGGAUAUUCUUCCUGGGUGGAUUUGCCAUCUUUGUCAGUAUCAUCCGCAUAUCUUCCAUAAUCAAUCUUAAAACCUCUCUCGACGUGUCAUGGGUCAUGGGCGACGUAUACAUGUGGUCUCAGAUUGAACUUUCCGUGGCUGUGAUUUGCGCAUGUGUGCCAACUUUGCAACCGAUUAUUUGCAUGUGGGCAACAAAUCUGACAUUUUCGAAAGGGUCAAAGCCGUUUGGAGAGAUUUCACUAUUUCAGCAAUUAUCCAGGAAGAAAGGAAGCACCAGGAACCGAACCGUUAAUUUUCGGCCGGAUUGUGAUGAGGCUAUGUUGACUUGCAGUUCUGUUCGAGUGGAAAUGGAUCCCCUCCCCAAGGAUCGUGAUAGCGACCUUGAAAAUAAUACCAAUGUGAUGAGUAUCAAGGUACAGCGGGAAUUUCAUAUGAGGGAAGAUUCAUGUGGUUGA